ACCUGUCUCCAUUUUCAGUUUUUAACGAAGAAAAAAUAUUCUUCCUUUACUUUAGCGAUUCUCUCUCUCUCUCCUUACUCUCCGGCUUUUAUCAAAAUCUCUUUCCUUGGAGACAACGGAUCCAAUCACCAAGACUUGUGUAAGGAUUCUCCAGAUUUCGAUGCAUUCUUGAUUCAUCUUCAGUUUGCACACCAAGUGUUCGUUGAAAUUCCGCAGAGAGUGGGAAUUGGAAGUUUUUAUAGAAGAUGAAGGAUUUUCCUUCUUGCUUCGGUGAAAAUGGAGUUCAAAUUGCGGAUUCAUCGUCUUCGAACUCCGGGAAGAACGCUCAGAAUCUUGUUACUUGUAUCUACCAGUGCCGGAUUCGAGGAAGGAGUUGUUUGAUCACUGUGACGUGGGCCAAGACUCUGAUGGGUCAGAGUGUGACCGUUGGUGUUGAUGAUUCUUGUAACCAGAGUCUCUGUAAAGUCGAGAUUAAGCCCUGGCUGUUCACUAAACGAAGAGGGUCUAAGAGCUUAGAGGCUUAUUCGUGUAGUAUCGAUGUUUUUUGGGAUCUUGCGUCUGCGAAGUUUGGUUCAGGACCUGAAGCUUUGGGAGGGUUCUAUGUUGGUGUUGUUGUUGAUAAAGAGAUGGUUCUGCUUCUUGGUGAUAUGAAGAAAGAAGCUUACAAGAAGACUAAUGCUUCACCACCUUCGUCUCUAGGUGCUGUGUUCAUCGCCAAGAAAGAGCAUGUUUUUGGUAAGAGAGAGUUUGCAACAAAGGCUCAGCUCUGUUCAGAUGGGGUUAAAAUCCAUGAUGUUGUGAUUGAAUGUGACACGAGUGUCACUGAUCCUUGUCUCAUUGUUCGUGUGGAUGGGAAGUCGUUGUUGCAGGUGAAGAGGCUUAAGUGGAAGUUUCGUGGCAAUGAUACAAUUGUUGUUAAUAGAAUGGCUGUGGAAGUUUUGUGGGAUGUUCAUAGUUGGCUCUUUGGGAUGCCUUCAGGUGGAAACGCAGUGUUUAUGUUCAGGACUUGUCACUCUUCUUCGGAUAAGAGCUUGUCUUUCUCACAGGACAUGAUGGCGACAACAACAACAACGAACUCCAAGUCUCAAAGUUCUGGUUUUUCGUUGAUUCUGUAUGCUUGGAAGAACGAGUAGAAUACCUUGAAAGCUUCUGUUAAUUCCAUAUCGACAUUUGUUAUUAAUAGCAUGAUUAAUGAGUUGAUUCAAAAAUUGGUUUCUGCAUAUAUAAUAUUCCUUGCACAAUGCUGGAACCUGAUCAGUUUUGAUGAAAUGCCUUCUCUGUAUACAUGAAAGCGUCUGUUGAUUCCUUAUUGACAUUUGUUAUUUAUAGCAUGAUUAAUGAGUUGAUUCGUAAUUGGUUUCUGCAUAUAUAAUAUUCCUUACACAAUGCUAGAAACUGAUCAGUCCUGAUGAAUUCCAUCUCUGUAUAGUGUCGAUUCUUGGUGAGUUUACA